CAGGAAGAAGCGCUCCUUUCUUCGCGCUGCGCCUUUUCAUGCCAUGUUUGAGGAGCUGCGACUAUUUUUAUUUUUAUUUUUUGUCUCUUCCAAAACUGUAAUUCAAUUUCAUUUAUUUUUCCGGUUUAUUCCUUCAACAUAACAAAGAAAGCCAGAUACACCUGUCGGAGGGGGAAGCACGUCGACAGUUGGAGAUGACUUCUGGAGGGUUGAGACUUGACACCGAGGGACUGGGGCAAGACAUAAGCCAGGAUGAGUUCGAUUUUACUGAACUGUUUCUUACCAAUGAAUCUGUAGAUGAUUUUCCUGUCGGCUGUGUUGAAGAUGAUGCAGGGGUUCUCCAUCAGAACGACAGCCAGCCUCCUCUGGUGGUGGUGGGUCAUCACGCUGCAUACGCCUCCUCCUCUGACCUGGCAGCGCCCGGCCAGGAUGCCUCCUCUCACAAUCCCGCCACAGAUAACCUGCCAGAGGCUGUGUUUAACUCCUUGGGGCUCACGUCAAGAGCAAGCGGCAUACCUGCUCCUAGCCCAAGGAUUGAGAUCACUCCGUCAGGCGACUCUUUGAGCUCUCAAAUCUUGGAGUCAAGCCCCAGCUCAAAGGUCCUAGGAGCCUAUAGAAGUUGUGUAAGUCCUGCCAGUAGUAACUCCUCCACAGGCUGGGCAGCAGAUGAGCUUUCUCCCCAUAAUUCCCCAUGUGUAUCACCUCCUAACGCAAGCAGCUAUGGCAUCUCCGCCUUGGACCUCUGCCCGGUCCUGCAGAGCAUCCACACCUCUUCUGCCCAUUCCUCUCCGGGAGCCUCUCCUCGAAACAGCGUCACGGACGAGACCUUUCUCCAGCCGCAUCACCAACGCAGCACCUCGCCGCUUCCCCACCAGCGUUCGCGCUCCACCUCACCCCAAGGAAAGCGGUCUUUCGAGGCACACGCCUGUCACGGGGGCACUCCCGUCAAACAGCGCUCCAGAAGCCCUAGCCCCAUCCCGGUGCUGCACGAGCAGCAGAGGCCCUUCUACGUCCACCAGUACCAGGUCCAAGCCGAGCUCCAGCCCCAAGCUCAGACCACAACGGCCGGCCUGGAGGAGAUGCUGAGCAGCCUCAGCUCCAGUCUGCCGAGACCAGUGCCCCACGCAGUGGUGAGAGGGCACGCCCAGGCCCAGAGACAGGAUUGUGCAUAUGGAGAGGGGUACGACUGGAACAAUGAACAGUCGACUAUUAGCAGGCCUGGGGCUGAGGUCAAACCUGAGACCUACUACAUGCUCCCAGCGGCGUGGCCUCCCACUCAACCAGUCCAUCAUUCUGGACGGUCCACAUUCAGUGGUUUGUCUGUGACACCCCUUCCCUCUUUGGAGUGGGCGUUGCCCCUCCAGUCCGGCCAGUAUGAGCUGCUGAUCCAGCAACAGCCCAGAUCCCACCACAGAGCUCACUAUGAGACCGAGGGCAGCCGAGGAGCCGUCAAAACACCCAAUGGAGGGCACCCAGAGGUUCAGCUUCACGGGUACCAGGGCACAGCUCCGCUGGCGCUGCAGGUCUUCAUCGGGACGGCAGACGAGAGGCUCCUGAAACCCCACGCCUUCUACCAGGUCCACCGCAUCACCGGGAAGACCGUCACCACGCCCAGCAUGGAGAGGAUGGCCCACGGGACUAAAGUGUUAGAGAUCCCCUUGGACCCAAAGAACCAAAUGAGAGUGGUGAUCGACUGUGUCGGGAUCUUGAAGCUUAGAAAUGCAGACAUUGAGCUGAGGAACGGCGAGACGGACAUUGGACGAAAGAACACGCGCGUGCGUUUGGUGUUUCGUGUCCACAUUCCUCAACCUGGAGGCCAACUGGUGUCUCUUCAAGUGACCUCUAAUCCCAUCGAAUGCUCUCAGCGCUCGGCUCAGGAGCUCCCUGCAGUGGAGAGGCAGGACCUGGACCAAUGUUCUGUGCUUGGUGGUCAACAAAUGGUCCUAACUGGGCAGAAUUUCAACUCUGAUUCCAAGGUGAUAUUUUCAGAAAAGACACAAGACGGUCAGCAGAUCUGGGAAGCAGAGGCCUCCGUGGACAGAGACAAAACCCAAGCCAACAUGCUUUUUGUUGAGGUCCCUCCGUAUCGAGACCGGACCAUUUGCCAACCGGCUAAGGUGAACUUCUACGUGAUGAACGGGAAGAAGAAACUCAGCCAGCCCCAGCACUUCAUCUACACUCCUGUCAUAGCUAUUAAAGCAGAGCCGCUAGAUGACUAUCAGUUGAAUUCCUACGGCUAUGUUGACGACCACUCCCUGUCUGGCAUGUCCAUGAAGUCCUUCUACCAUCACCUGGAGCAGGACAUCAACCCACAAGCCUUGAAUAUCUCUUCAACAAUGUACCACCUAACAACCGUAGACCCCCGCGCCCAAAUAUUAACCCCCGACCCUCUGGACGAGCCCGUCUAUUACCAGUCCAGGGCUGGGGCUCUGAUCAACAGUCCAGUGAUGUACCACUCUCCAAACCAACAUUACAGCAACUGCAGCCCCACCCUCCUCUCACAUCUGGCCGCGACUCCCAGCCCGUGUGCAGCCGCCAGAACCCCCGUUGCCAGACAGGGGGACUGUCCUCAACCUGCCGACGCAUUUGAGGCUUGCCUGGUGACGUCACGACAUCAGGGUUUUGCUCAGACGUCGGUGCCUCUGGGGAAGUCUCCACCGUCCAGAUACGUGAAAGGGAAGGCCGGGAGUGGCGUGGAGGCAGCUAGCCAGCCGCUGACCCAGGUUAGAUCUGCAAGAGGAAACCAUGACGAGAGGGCUCCGGAGAGAAUCAUGGUCAAACAAGAGAACAUCAACUACGCUUAUUUGGAGGAUGUGAAUGACAUCAUAAGACGAGACCUGAAAGGCCACAAUGGAGAGUGACCUUACAACGCUGCAGCAACUCUGACCAACAAAUUCAAGCUGGAAGAAGUAAAAAUGAUCUGCAGAUGUCGUAACAUUAUAAGCGUGCAUUUGCCAGACUUGGAUGCUGCCUUAGUUGGAAGGUAUUUAAGACCAAAAGGAAAAGCUGGUCCAUUCUAAGCUUUUAAUUACUUUGUUUAAAGAUCAUGUUUUGUUGCAGGAAGAGUUGUGGUUCAGUUGGCAAAACUGACCUCAACUCCAACAUUUAUAUCAGAAAUGGGUUAAUGGCUUUGAAUACGGUCAAAUAUUUUACCCUUCACAAGGAUAUUUGAGUUACACCUUACACCGUGUAUUGAUUGUGUCUUUAUUUUAAACAUUUUGGCUUCAUUUUGUUCAUAUAAAUGUACAAUUUUUAUCUGUAAGCAUGUAGAAAAUAUUUUAUAAGAAAUAAAUUCUGUUUUUAUAAUUA